CGAACCCAUCAAAAACCCUUCAUUCUCUACGGCUCUCUCGCGCUGCUGGAAUUGGAGGAACAAUAAUUCCGGAAUUUAUUUCGUUUUCUUGCAUCGGAAGUGAUCAAUCACGGUCGUGUGCGUACGUGUGUGCGUGUGUGUGCUGAGUCAGCAGCGUUUGUUUCGGACCAAACGGCACCAGCCCAGCUUUAAGCCCAGUCGUCCCUGGUUCGUUUCCGUCAGUUCUGGUCGGUGUGCUGCUGCAAACCUUUCCCGUUUCCCGUUUCUCAUCCGGCUGUUCGGGUCGCUCUCUCGCUGGUCUGCUGGUUUGCAGACGAAGCAAAGUGACCGCCGCACAAUCUCGCUUCCUCCUUCUCCUCCACCUCCGCGCUGCUUCAACGUCGUCGGGUGGGGAGCGAAAAUCGACCAGCCUUUGUGGGCUAGAGAGUUUUGCCUUCCCUGCUUUUCGGCUGCCCCGUAGGCUGUGCUGUGCCUCGGCUAACACAAUCGGAAAAGUGUACGCUUGGCACCGUCGUCGAAGCAGGAAGCAUCGCAAGAACACAGAGAGCCCGGCAGGGAGAGUGAAACGCAACAGUUAAUCCGUAUGGGAAACUAACAAGAUUUGGCUUUUAGUUGCCUUGACAGGCGCGCUGCAGUGCUGUGUGGUGUAUGAAAACGAAGCGGUGAAACAGUGACGCUGCGAAGUGAAUAGAAGAAAAAAGGAUAAUAAUUGUGCGUGCGUGUGUGUGAGAGAGUGUGUGGAAAGCCCAAGCAGACGUACGGAGGUCGGUGGCACGGUGGCCUCUAAUUAGACACAACGGUUUCGAAAUGAAUACCCAUCUGCAAGGAUCAUCGCCCAGAUCGCCCGCACCGUCACCCGAUCCUGACGUUGACGAGGGUAGCUCGAAAAAGCAGGCAACAAGAGUAUUUAAGAAAAGUUCUUCGAAUGGCAAAAUCACCGUAUACUUGGGAAAACGUGACUUCGUCGACCACAUCACGCAUGUCGAUCCGAUAGAUGGUGUCGUGCUGAUAGAUCCCGACUAUGUGAAGGAGCGGAAAGUUUUCGGACACGUACUGGCCGCCUUCCGGUACGGGCGUGAGGAUCUGGACGUGCUGGGACUAACCUUCCGAAAGGACCUGUAUCUGGCAUCCGAACAGAUUUAUCCACCGCUGGAAACGGACCGGCCGCUCACCCGGCUCCAGGAGCGGCUGAUCCGGAAGCUGGGCGCGAACGCGUACCCGUUCUACUUCGAGGUGCCGCCCCACUGUCCGGCCUCGGUGUCGCUGCAGCCGGCCCCGGGCGAUACCGGGAAACCGUGCGGCGUGGACUACGAGCUCAAGGCCUUCGUCGGCGAGUCGCAGGAGGACAAACCGCACAAACGGAACUCGGUCCGGUUAGCGAUAAGGAAAAUCAUGUACGCACCCUCGAAGCUGGGCGAGCAGCCGUCGAUCGAGGUUAGCAAAGAGUACAUACUGAAACCAAAUAAAAUUCACCUCGAGGCGAGUCUGGACAAGGAGCUUUACCACCACGGCGAAAGCUUGUCGGUGAAUGUACAUAUAGCGAAUAAUUCAAGUAAAACGGUUAAGAAAAUCAAAGUGUCGGUCCGACAGUUUGCGGACAUCUGUCUCUUCUCGACGGCACAGUACAAGUGCACGGUAGCGGAGGUAGAAUCCGAAGACGGAUGCCAGGUUGCCCCCGGAUUCACGCUUUCGAAAGUGUUUACGCUGACGCCACUGCUGGCCAAUAAUAAAGACAAGUGGGGCCUGGCACUUGACGGGCAGCUGAAGCACGAGGACACCAAUCUGGCCUCGAGCACGCUGUCUCGCACACUGGUGGAUGGAAAAUAUAGAAUUGCUGACCCUUCACAACGAGAAAACCUGGGCAUUAUUGUGCAGUAUAAAGUAAAGGUUAAGCUGUGCAUCACUCCUCUCGGCGGAGAUUUGGUGGCGGAGCUACCGUUCAUACUCAUGCACCCGAAGCCGGACGAUGACGAACCCGUGAUAGGCGACCGGUCGCCCGGCCGAACAGUCAACAGUGCGGACCGAAAACACUCCUACCAGGCCGGUCACGAGAUGGGCUCGCACAGCAACAACGGGGACGCACACGCCUCCAAAGAGGACGGUCCCAAUCUAAUUCAGCUGGACGGAGACGACAACGGUCCGGAUGAUGAUAUUAUAUUUGAGGAUUUCGCUCGAUUACGCUUGAAGGGCGCUGAAACAGAAGCUUAAGGAUUAACAGCGUUUGGACAGUUUCGUGCGACGGGCGUCGGCUGCUAACGUGUGUUGUAGUGUGCAUUUCCCGAGAAGUAACUUCUGCCGAGGGGAGGAUACACCGGUUGCCCUCAGUCAACAAAGGUGUGCGAGUUAUCGUGCACGCAUACACAAACACAAACGCGCCACGCACUUACGCUACAAGCGCCAUUGGUCUAGGCAAAGGUCAAAGGUCGUUUGGUUAGCAGAACGUUAACAACAACAACAGCAAACAAACAAACAAAAAUUAAGAACAAAAACGACCAACAGAGAUAAUUUAAGCUACGCCAAAGUAUCCAUAUUUGAUGUGUUUUUUCAAAAAACCGAUUGUCUAGCUCUUCCUCAACCAACUCCUAGACGCAACACCGCCACACACACACACACACACACACACACACACACACACACACACACACACACACACACACACACGCACAAACAGACACAAAGACGCAUUUAACGCACACGGUUGAAGUGGCCGAGCAAAGCUGCAAAAAGAAAUUUGUCACUAAUAACGUUAAGGACCAAGAAUUCCGGCUUCAGCGCGCUAGAUUAAUCUCCUUUAUAACGUUCCGCUGCUGCAUCCAUUUGCGCCCAUUUUGGGGGGCGUAAUAACUCAUUCUUUGCACUCUCGUUCCCUUUUGCGCAUCUUCCAGUCCUGCGACGGUGUGUUGCGUGCGUUCGGUACUCUGCCAGUCCGGUUCACGUACAAUAGAAACACGCAUUUAUGCUCUCCCAGAGAACAAUUAUCUUCCGAGCGUGUUGUGUGUUUGUGUGUCUGUGUAUGUGUGUGUGUGUGUGAGUGGUGUAAAUCAGUUAGUACCUAGCACGCGUGUUAGGCAGAUCAGAUACAGCAGAUGGUAGAGCAAUUAUAGAAUGCAUGUACUUCAACUGCCAUCACACUGCGGAGGGAGAGUAAGAGAGAGAGAGAGAGAGAACGAAAGGAGAGAUUUUUGCACCUUCGCUUCCAUCUCUAAAUCCGAAUACAUUCAAAGCAACUGUUAGGUGUCAAAGAGAACGACCCAUCAAGUCGUUUUUGAAAGUUACGUUUGCUUUUUAAAUGAACGAUUCAUAUAUUUCUCUCUGUACACAUGGAGCCUAUUUUCAACGCUUUUUAGUUUUGUAUUUUUCCCCGACGAAGUUGUAUUAAAGCACAGAAAUGGUUUAUAUGUGGAAGAUUUUAUUAUAAUGUUUAUAUUACACGCAUAACUUGACCAGCAGCAGAGGGCGGCUCCAUAUUGCGCCGUCCCAGGGUGUGUAUAGAGCUGUUACAAAGAUAGGGCAAAAGCAAUGGUGUGUCACGCAAGGAGUGAGCCUUCUCUCGGUUUUGUGCAUUUAAAUGUGAACACUGUUCCAACUGUAGGCGUAUAAAAAUGUAACGACUACACGAUCGUUGCUGAACGUACAGUGCAUGUAGUGUGGCAAAAGUUGCGGCGCGCGCGCACAGUCAUUAACGCAACCAUAUUACGGACGCGGAGCUUUGUUUUUACUACGCCAGGCACAUUUAGUUAGAAUUGUAAGUAACGUAGCGUUUAAAGGCUUGUUCCAUUGACACGAUGAGAGGAAGAGCCCGUUCGCUUGAUAUUUUAAAAGGCGCGCACAAAAAACAAAAAAGCCCACCAUUUGGGGCCCCAGGAAAGUAUCGCUCAAGCUGCUCUCCGUUCGUAGUUCGCUCUUUUUCAAAAUUCCAGCAAACGUAAUACUUUUUUUUUAAUUUCAUUAUAAACGCAACUAAUAUAACUAGUUUGUUGUAGGUGAGAAAACACGCACACACACCCACAACACAGAGGAUGAAAAGAGAAAGUAUUUAUUGGAAUAAACACAGAACAAAAAUCAACGUGUUAGGUAGAAAUGUUCGAUGUGUAAGAGAUACUAUACGAAAUAAACAACCGUCAACCAACGCCAUCGUCAUUCCGCUCCUGACGUACAUACCUACCCUUACCGCGCGCCCUCAAUGAAAGCACCUCACUGCAGCAGUCACACGUGCCGUUGCAUUACUGGAUGUAGAAUGAAAGGAAGCAGUAGCUUCAAUGUAAGGACAAAACAGACGCGCACAGACGCACACGCGCAGCAUUUAACAAUUCGUUCUUUCUUGCGUGUCCUUUCAGGCUCGUGCGCAGGGCGUACGUUGAUGUUUUUUGUGUCGUACAACAGAGAAAUUGCUCCCCCCCCCCCCCCCCGAAAACACACACGAAACACGAAACGGGUUGUCGGGCGAAGAAUGUCUGAUUAAAUGCAGGGAGUAUUUAGAUUAAUUCCGUGCCGCCUCUCCGAUUUCGGGUGGUUCGGAGAAUAGAGAAGCACAGAAGACAGCCUCAGUCCCCUCUCUCUUUCUCUCUGUUACAUGUAAAACGUGUGAUCGAUUUCGUGGGAACCUUUUCGCUUGCCUUUGACUGAUCGAAACGAUCGAGAAUUUAAGUGUAAGCUGUGCACAACUGUCCGACAACCCGCGAGCACACGAGCGCACUAGACAGGGAUCUGUUUUUUUAUAGUUUUCUACACAACACACAACAACACUCUGUCUCCCUUUCUCUCCCUCUCUAUCUCUCUUACAUGUGAUCGUAUUCACCACAAUUUGUACAAUUAGACCGCGCUCUGCUGCCCGCGGGGAAGGACAUUUUUCCAAGUGGCAUUAAGGUGGCAACAGAAGCCGCAGGCGUAGGCAGAUGAUUCGUAACCGUUUUAGAUAACUGUAGCAUGUAGAACACAAAACGAAAGGCAUAAACGGGAUGAUUUCCACAACCCCCCCCCCCCCCCCCUACCCCUGUUCCCUUUUCUUUUCGGUUACUCAUUGUCUUUGGUGUGGAUGCGCUUGUUGUUCUGUGUAUGUUUCGGUAGUUUUGUACCACCUGAUGUGCAUAGUGUUUAUGUGUGUUUGUGUGCAUGCUUGUACGCGGGCGAACAGUGUUUUAAAUGUAAUUAUUGACACAAUCAUAACCCGUUCUAAAAAGGGAAAAAAACAUCGACGAAUAAUCGACACGGAAAGAGUGUGGAAGUGUGCCAACAGCACACUCCCCCCCCCCCCCCACA